AUGCACACAUUCGCAUGGCCCUUUCACUUGGCCCUAUGUGUAUUCGCCGUAAGUGGAGUCAAACUUCUUUCGCCAUCCCAACUCAGUCAACCUACGACUGUCAUCUAUAACGAUACUCCCGAACAAAACCAUACGCCUGACUACACUGUCAAUGACGGAAGUACUGAUAUUCCGAACUACAACGAUUUUACCGGCACCACCAUAUUCGAUGAAAUUUACGUUAACAAGGACACACAUGGUUAUGAUGAAAAAUUCGGCUAUAACAAUACUUUCGAUUACAGCAGCACUCCAGACUACAACAACAAGCAAGACUACAGCAACCCACCAGACUACAGCCCCAAAACACCAGACUACAACAGCACUUCAGACUACAGCACCACAUCUGAUCACAGCACCACUUCAGACUACAGCACCACAUCUGGUCACAGCACCACAUUAGACUACAGCCGCACGUCUGACUACAGCAGUACACCAAUCUUCAGCAGUACAUAUUAUUAUUACUUUUAUGACUACAACUAUACCUUUUAUGACUACAACUAUGACGAUGGCUUUGUCUUGGAUGUACUAAAACCAAUUCUACUCGACGCCCUUGAGGUAUGUCCAAGUCUUAAUUUCUGCGCUAUAAAGCAAAAUUCAAGCUUUGAAGAAGAUCGAUCAGCCAGAAGGGACAAAUACCAAAAGGAAACAAACAUAACAUUUGAGUCGUUGUCCUCGAAUAAUACCAGUUUAACAUCGCGUUGUUGUGAGGACUGUUCAUGUUUGACAACUUGUCUCGCCGUGCAAAAUUGCUGUCCAGACGCACCUGUAUUUUCGCGGGACUUCAUUAGUUUUCAAGCCAAUUGUUUGUCAGCCUUUUAUAUAUCAAGGGUCUCGCAUUCAGGAAGGUUGCCAAACAUUGACUACAAAACGAUCUCCUGGUGCAAGAGCUCCAAGAAGAAUUUCUUCGGAUGGCGAGGGAGUUCAACUGCUUCUUUUGAGGAGGUGGUGAGGGUCUCAGUAGAAAAUCGGCUGUAUUACAAUAAAGAAACUGCAACAUGUAACGGAGAAGCAAAAUUAACAAGGUGGGAACUCAUAGCAUUUGAUUGCGUGGACGAUUUGUAUUCCCUAACUCUGCAAGGACCAAAGCUCGAAAAAUACGUGCUUGAGAACUGCACUGUGUACUCGGAUCCUCCGGACCACAUCAACCCCACACAGUUUAUCUGCUCUCCAUACGACACGAUUUCACAUUGUAAUGCAACAGGUCUAUGGAAUAAAUUUGACUGGGAUAUAGAAGCACUUUGUUUAUCUGCCGGCGGUAUGUUUUAA